AUGGAAAAUCAAGUGCUGGAGGACGUCCCGACGGUGGGGUGGGGUGAGCGGAGUGAAGAGAACACCGUACGCGUGGACCUGGGACGCCGGCAGUGGGGAGAUCCUCCAGGAGACUGGUCCCCCAAUAAUGGCCACAUCAUUUCAGUCCAGAACGCAGUGGCUGACGGCGGUGUCGCUUUCUUUCUGAGAACGACAGACUCCAUCGAAGCACUGCUGGAAGAGAAUGGAUCCUCGCAAGUCGGAAUUGACUUGCUCGUCGAGACCAGGCACGUUAAUGGCUACAGCUUCGGCACGACCAUCACGUUCCCAAGGACGUUGGAUGAGGCUCGCAACGAGCCGCCCGAGACGUGGACCGAUCACUUCAACUACACGGAUCGAGACUUCCCCGGCAUGCAAGUUGAUCAAUGUCGCGCGCUCCGGAGCAUAUGCUCCGUCUAUCAUUGGUUCCGGCACGCUGAAGAGGAUGACGACCUCCGCCAGGUUUGGGCAGAGUUCGUUCUGGAGCGGACCAAUGGUAUACUAUCAAGCUGGUGGGAGCCCUGCCCUGGAGAGAAUCCCCUCCUGGCACUGUCACAGUGGGCGCUGCACCGGAUACCGGCGGCGUUCCCCCAGUAUGGCAACAGCGCUGUGGCAGACGCGCCGGUCGUCGUGAAUGGGUGGUCCCAUGAGGUGUUCGACUACACGGACGCGCGCUGCGCGGCCUUCACCGACGACCGCAAGUGGGUUAUCACGACACCGAACAUGGAGUUCAUUCCAACACCUCCGAUUGGAAUACUGGAGGUGGUCCUUCGAGAAGACUAUCGAUACGGCAUGGUUGAUCCUAUUCAGUGGCCUCAACUGUAUUCCGCGGGGUACGAGUAUCUUUGCGCAUUGCAGCGACACCGAGAGGCUCCUCACCGGCUUGCGCGGUUAUGGUGGACCCCCGACGAGGGCGAGGACUUUCAAUUGCUGCAAGGUUGCACGAUCAAGACCUUGGGUCUCCUACGACCCGAGUGCGUCCGGGAAUUGAGCGGGAUGGUGGACGACCUGGUCGCGGAGGUGGCAGACUCGGACCGCGGACGCCUGCACGUCGUCGAUGACCGGGUGCUCUGGCUGACAACGGCGAUGCGUCAUGCGCGGGAUCGCUUGCGAAACUUUGCGUGCACGUUUCGAGACGCCGCGAUGCAGGUCAGGGAGGUCCAGCGCUAUUGGCUGAUGACCCGCGCGUACCUCGACUACUACGGAACGUAUAUCCGGUUGGGAUGGCGAAGCAACCCCCUCAACACAGACCUGAUGGGCGCCUUCACGACCGAUCCAGGGGUGGUGCAAAAUCUUUACGAAGCGGGAAUACCGGUCUGGUUCGUCCGCCAGGACGCCUCGCUUUUGGAGAGCACCGUGGUGUACGAGUUGACGAAGUUGGAGCCACCUCGCGGCGUAUCCGUGAACGCUGGUCCCCAACACGGAGCGGUGCUGUAUCGAGGCCUGGUGGGCCGGAAGCACCUGGACAUGAUGGCCAGAGGGGGCCACACGUACCUCGAUAUCUCGCGCGCGCCCAUCCUGAUCGUCGAGACCGAGGGCGGGUACGCGACGCCGGUGUCGCGUAAACAGUACAGCAACGAGCGUACCGAUGAAGCGAGGACGGCGCAGCAAACGACAACUCAGCGGAAUGGCGUCCGGGGUUCUAUCAGCAAGCGGGCGACCAAUCGUGACGGGCGGGCGACCAAUCGUGACGGGCAUGGCUAUCACCCAUACCGCACAAAACGCCCAGGGCGUCCGCAGGUGCGGGUAGGGGCGGAGAAGUUCGAAGAAGUCAGCCACCGAUGGAUGCCUCCGGCCUUGCCACCGUGGCGGGAGGCUCUGGGCUCAGUGGACCUUGCUCACGUGGGCCCGACCUCCCGCAAGAGUUGGGGAUACUGGAUCCCGGAACCCGCACUGUUCGUUCGAACGAAGACGGACCAACGCGGCCUCAAGUACCUCAUGAACUGGCUGCGAGUACGCCCGGCGUGGUUAUACAUGCUGCGCGUGCGGGACGCGAACCUGUGCUCCAUCCCACCGCAGUGGUGGCGAGACUUCCUGUACGGAGAGAUCGCGCGGACCGAGGGCGACAGGGAGACCCGGAGAAGCGUCCGCGUGCGCCAAGUCUCGCAUGUCUUCAGCAGAGCGUUUCAGCUGGGGGACGUCGAUGUCAACCCCGCCGUACCACCCGCUUGGUUCGAUCGACGAUACGACCAGAUUCCGGAGAAUGUAUGCGGGGCAAUCAUAUGGGAACUGUGCGAGCUGGGAUUCCGACAAGAGCUCCUAGCGUUGGACCGAAUACUCGUCCCCAUGAGCCGUGAAAUCGGCGACGAGGAGAUGCGGGAGGACUUCAUCGGGCGGGUGUUCCCGGACGGGGCGCUGUACUGUGUUGAGCGCCUGCCAGAGGACACGGGAUGCGGCCUCAGCGACGACCUGUGCUUCCGACGUGUGCCUUAUCUCGAGGCUUUCCGGAAUGUGCUCUGCCGAUGGCCGCGCUGCCCGCCGUGCAUCCACAAAGGACCAAGUAUCGCGACAAGCAUGAGCCGGGAGGUCAUCGAGGAGAAGGAGCGGCAGAUGGCGCGUUUCUACGUGCAGAGAUUCUACGAGGAAGCGGGUCGGGCACCUAUCGUGCCCCGUAGAUUCCCGAAGGUGGGCUGA